GUGACAUUUGAGUUCAGUUCAGCCGGAGAUUCUUACACACACUCACACACACACACAGGUUCGGUCCGAUACACGUCACGAUGGGACUGACAAGUGACCCAAACUUUCAGAAUCUAGAAAAAUGGUACAAAUCAAACGCCGCGAAUCUCAACAUGAGGCAGAUGUUCGAGGCUGACAAAAACCGAUUUCAAAAGUUCAGCUUAACUUUAAAAACAGAUGAAGGAGAUAUUUUGCUGGAUUACUCUAAGAACCGUAUAAACGAGGAGGUUAUGAAGAUGCUCGUGGAGCUGGCAAAGUCUCGUGGUGUGGAGGCAUCCAGAGACAAGAUGUUCUCAGGAGAAAAGAUUAAUUUCACUGAGGGUCGUGCUGUUCUCCACGUGGCCCUGAGGAACCGCUCAAACACACCCAUAAACGUGGAUGGGAAAGACGUGAUGCCAGAGGUGAACAAGGUUCUGGAGAAGAUGAAGGGCUUCUGUCAUAAAGUCCGCAGUGGCGAGUGGAAGGGAUACACCGGGAAAUCCAUCACUGAUGUGGUCAAUGUCGGCAUCGGUGGAUCUGAUCUGGGUCCUUUAAUGGUGACAGAAGCCCUGAAGCCCUACUCGAAAGGCGGACCUCGCGUCUGGUUUGUGUCGAACAUCGAUGGAACGCACAUCGCUAAGACUCUGGCUGAACUCAACGCUGAGACCACACUCUUCAUUGUCGCAUCGAAGACAUUCACGACUCAGGAAACCAUCACAAAUGCUGAAUCAGCGAAGGAAUGGUUCCUGCUGGCCGCCAAAGACAAAUCUGCAGUUGCCAAGCAUUUCGUGGCGCUCUCGACCAAUGGGCCCAAAGUGAAGGACUUCGGCAUCGACCCGGAGAACAUGUUUGAGUUUUGGGAUUGGGUCGGCGGACGAUACUCAUUGUGGUCUGCGAUUGGACUGUCUAUUGCACUUCACAUCGGAUUCGAGAACUUCGAGAAGCUGUUGGCUGGAGCUCAUUGGAUGGACACUCAUUUCCGCACGGCCCCCGUGGACCAGAAUGCACCGGUUCUGCUCGCUCUGCUGGGCAUCUGGUACAUCAACUUCUUCCAGGCAGAGACACACUGUCUCCUGCCGUACGAUCAGUACAUGCACCGCUUCGCCGCGUACUUCCAACAGGGUGACAUGGAGUCGAAUGGAAAGUACAUCACUACUAAGGGUCAGCAGGUGAACUAUCACACCGGGCCGAUCGUGUGGGGUGAACCGGGCACUAACGGACAGCACGCUUUCUAUCAGCUGAUCCACCAAGGGACUCGAAUGAUUCCUGCUGACUUCCUCAUUCCUGCCCAGACUCAGCAUCCAAUCAGAAACAGCCUUCACCACAAGAUCCUGGUGGCGAACUUCCUAGCCCAGACCGAGGCACUGAUGAAGGGAAAGACGACAGAAGAGGCGAAGAAAGAGCUGGAAGCUGGAGGACUGAGCGGAGAGAAGCUGGAGAAUAUUCUCCCACACAAAGUAUUUGAAGGAAACAAGCCAACGAACUCCAUCAUCUUCAAAAAGUUGUCUCCGUAUACUCUCGGCGUUCUGAUUGCCAUGUACGAACACAAGAUCUUCAUUCAGGGCGUCAUGUGGGAAAUCAACAGUUUUGAUCAGUGGGGCGUGGAGCUCGGGAAACAGCUGGCGAAGAAGAUCGAACCCGAGCUUCAGGACUCCGCCGAGGUCAGUUCCCACGAUUCAUCCACCAACGGCCUCAUCAACUUCCUCAAGAAGAACUUCGCUUGAAUGAAGUUUCACCUUUUCCCAGAAUCCCCUGCUGCACCUCAAAACCCCACCAUCUCUCUGGAAGCACACGGCACAAUUUUUUUUUUUUAAUUAGAUUUUAAAAUAUUUUGAAACUAAAAUGUAGUUUAUUUUUAUUGUGUAACCAUACGCAUUAUUGUGUAACCAUAAAUAGGCAGUAUUGUGUUCAAUUAUGAUUAUGCAUAAUUAUAAAAAGUUACCAUCUUUGUUACACCAAACUCUGUUUGUACUUCAUGAAAGUGGGAAUUUUUUCCCCCCAAAAUAAAUCACUUUGCACUGAACUUGUUAUUCAUAAAAAU